AUGGCGGAUCUAGCAGCGAAAUUUGCUGAACAUGAAAUCACUCCAAAUAUCAUUCCAAAUCCACCAGCGAAACUUCUAAAUUGUAACUGGGAUGGAAUUCAAGUACAACCCGGACAAACGAUGUCACCAAGAAACCUUCGAUUUGCACCCCGUGUAACCCUCGACGUUGAUCCCGAAUCAACGUUCUCACUCAUUAUGAUUGAUCCUGAUAAUCUUUCAAGAAAAAAUCCAUCUGUUGCUGAAUGGCUUCAUUGGCUGGUAACAAACAUUCCCGCAAGUAAUAUUUUAGAAGGAAUUAAUGGAGGGCAACAUCAAAUGGCAUAUGGUAGUCCAGCACCACAACCUCGAACCGAUCUUCAUCGCUAUAUUAUUCUUCUCUUUGAGCAUCAAGGACGAAGAAUUCAAGUUCCUAAGCCAAGUUCACGAGCAAAAUUCAAUAUUAAACAAUUCAUGCAAAAGCAUAAUCUUGGUUAA